UUCAGGAAGAAAAUUGUUGGACUUCCAACCGCAAAUGCUAAUUACAAAAAUAAAUGUGUAAAUAAACCAUUACAUGCUUCGAUACGCGUGAGAAUUAACUGACAAAUAUGUUGUAAUACUGGCUUCAAGAACUCGCAGACAAUCAACUUUACAGAAGAUAUAUUUUCUUCAAACUGCAAUAAACAAGUCGUUUGAAUCAUGAAAUAAACAAAAAGUCAGCAAUUAAAAUGCAUUAUAGCAAAUGAAAUGAUCAAACAUGAACAUGAGAUCUAAGAAUUUAUUGUACUGCCUAUUUUUUCGGCCAUGGCUGGGCGUACCCUUUGGGAUUGGUAUAGCUGUCUCUAUAGUAUACUAUUGGUGGCUCAUAUCCAGGAUCAGUAUAUUGGAAUCACAGAAUAAAGUGUUCAAGACACAGUUACGGCUGUCACAGAGCGUUAUGAAACAAAUGUCUGUUGAUUCCGUAUCUAAUUAUGAAGUUCCUGUGAUACCCGAUGCAGUGGGAACGCUUUGUGAAACGGUGCACAUAGCAUUAGUAUGUAUGGGGAAGUGUACGAGGCAGAUCACACCGAUGAUCAAAUCUUUGAUGCACCACCGACAGAACCCGAUACAUUUCCACUUCGUUGUAGAUAGCAGAUCUCAUGUUACCAUUAAUAAACUUUUUGACACUUGGGACUUGCCCGAUGUAAAAUACUCAUGCUACAAUGCAGAAGAGUAUCUAACACAGGUGCAAUGGGUGCCAAACAGCCACUACUCCGGAGUAUACGCGCUAGUCAAAUUGUUGUUCCCGGAUAUCUUGCCGGACACGUUGAGUCAGGCCAUAGUGUUGGACUCAGAUUUAACCUUCUUGUGUGAUGUGGCCGAACUGUGGGCUUUGUUUAGAAAUAUGACUGAUGAACAGUUUAUAGGCCUAGUAGAAAACGAAAGCAGUUGGUACCUCAACAAAGCGAAACGCUGGCCAGCCCUAGGACGAGGUUACAACACAGGAGUCAUGUUACUAGACCUUAAAAAGAUCCGAACAACCACGGAUUGGACCAGACUAUGGCAUGAUGCAGUUAGAGAUAACAUUGGUAGACUGAAACAAACUACGUUAGCUGAUCAAGAUGUUAUAAAUGCUAUUAUAAAAAGUCAGCCCCGAUUUGUGUAUAAUAUGAGCUGUCAGUACAAUGUUCAGAUGUCUACGCAGACGUUAGCUAAGAAUUGUUAUGGGGAGGAUAGUAAUAAUGUUAAGGUAAUACAUUGGAACUCGCCACUGAAACAUAAUAUAAAUAUUCGCGACGCGAGCUAUUUUCGCGACAUACAUCGGUCCUACGUGAACUUUGACGGCAAUCUGUUGCGGGAAAAGCUACACAGAUGCUCUUUUAUCGAACACGUCACUGUGAAAGCGAACCAAUCAGACCUCUGCAGCAGUUUCCGCGCCGCACAGAAAGUAAAGCUGCGCACACAUUUGUACUUCACGGACUAUAGUCACGCGAACGCUGAUAGUUUUGACGUAACGCUCGCGGUACAGCUGUCUAUGGACCGCCUACAGUUUCUCGAUAGACUCGGACAUUAUUGGGAAGGCCCCCUCAGUGUGGCUAUAUACUUAGCGGACUGCGAAGUGGAUAAUCUUUGGAGGUUUAUAAAAGACUGGUCCGACACUCUUAGAGAUAGAAAGAAUAUUGGGUAUCAUUUGGUGUUUAAACAUGAUAAGGUACAUUACCCAGUGAACUACUUACGCAACGUGGCUCUAGAGAACGUGAAUACUCCUUACGUGUUCCUAAUGGACGUGGACUUCGUGCCUAUGGCGGGACUUUACGACCAUCUGCGCAGCGCCAUACAGCUCAUCAACCCUUACCCUCAGAAGAAGUGCCUAGUAGUAGCGGCAUUCGAAACCCAACGCUACCGUACAUCAAUGCCGCGCAACAAGGCAGCAUUACUCUCGCGCCUGCGCUCUGCGCCGGGCGACGUGCAGCCCUUCCGUGCGCGCGAGUGGCCGCGGGGACACCGCGCUACUAACUAUACCAGAUGGGCUACUGCUACUGCGCCUUAUGAGGUGGAGUGGCAGUCAGACUACGAGCCGUAUCUAGUCGUUCACAGAUCUGUGCCUAAAUAUGAUACGAGGUUUUCCGGCUUUGGUUGGAACAAGGUAUCUCACAGCGUAGAGCUGCGAGCUCAGGGGUACCGCGCGGUGGUGCUGCCGGGCGCCUUCGUGCUGCACACGCCGCACGCGCCCUCGCAGGACAUCACCGCCUUCCGCGCGGACCCGCACUAUCGCAUUUGCCUAGCAUUACUCAAACAAGAAUUCAUGGAAGAUUUAAAGAGAAAGUACAAUGUGACAUUCGAAGAGCCGUCUAAACCGGAUCAAGUUUAUUUAGCUCAAGCAAAAAGCAUGAUAUACAACCAAGUGCCAGACCAAGAGGUAAACUGACUGUUGUAAUUACUAAACUAAACUGUGGUGUUAUUUAUUACCCCGUAAAAUUAGUAUUAAAUGCCCCAAAAUAUUUUUAAUAACGUAUCUUAUAAUGAAAAGUUUGACAAGUCAGCGGAUGACUUUGUAUGUGACUUUUGAAGGUAAAGGCCCUAGAGUUAAUGUACAACAUAAGUCGAUUUAAGAAAAUCAUUUUAUGUUAUUGUUGAAUUUGGGCCUAAAUAUAAAGUUCUUCAGCUAAGUUCAUAUCAUGGAGAACAAAAUGACUAGCGGAGGUGCCGAAAAAUCUUCUAAAAUAGCGCGCCAAAUUAUAACAUAAACACAGAUUUAACAUAGAAGAAAGCGCCUGACCUACCUGCGUUAUAGCGUCUCUGUUAAACUUUCCAUACUCCGUUUAUGACAGUUUUGUAGAAUUUACAGUGUUAAAUCUAUACUAAUAUUAUAAAGAGGAAAACUUUGUUUGUUUGUUUGGUUGUAAUGAAUAGGCUCAAAAACUACUGGACCGUUUUUUAAAUUCUUUCACCAUUUGAAAGCUACAUUAUCCACGAGUAACAUAGGCUAUAUUUUAUCCCGGUGCGGGCAGUAGCUCCCACGGGACGCGGGUGAAACCGCGGGAAAACGGCUAGUACACUAUAAUAUUGACAUAUUUUAAAGGCAUUUACUUCAGUCUGUGAUUAUAUACCACAUAUCUGUGUUAUAUAUAUACGUUUAAUUGCUUAUUUAAUGUUAUUGAAUUUGAUUAAAAAGUGUAUGCAAUUACAUUUUUAUAAGACUGCCCACAAGAGAAGGUUAAGUGCUACCGUUAAGUUGAUGGGUUAAAAUAAUAUAAACUAAAAAAAAUUGCGGGUAAUUAAUAACACCAACACUUUAUAAAGGUAAAUUCACAUAAGUGAUGUUAUGAAAAGUCGAUUAAAAUAAACAAGCAAAGGUUUUUCUUAAAAAACGCACAGUAUGUUUGUUGUAUGUCAGAAAUAUCGUAUUACGAUGAUUUGACGAUAAAUCGCCUAUUCUACAAUGUGUAACGUUAAAUGCGUAAAACCUCAAGACACCAUAGGGUAUUUUUAAUUCUAUGAAGGGUUUUCCCUUUUUUUAUUAUUUCCUAGCUGAUGCCUUCUCUCAAUAAUUAAAAAAAAACGCAUCAAUAAUUAAAAAAACAGGGAAUAAAAGUAAUAAGUAAUAAUGACCUAUUAAUAAAAUAGACAUUAUUAUUUUUAAUUAAUAUUUUUUUUUUAAGUGUUAUCUGUAUAACUAGAAAGUGGUUUAAUUGAUUCUAUAAAUCAUUGUACCCACUAAUUUAACUAUUUCUAGGUUUUGCUCACUUAACGUUACACGUUGUAUAUAUUAUAAGUACAGCACCUAUGAAUGUAUUAUAUAAAAAAAAGUUUGUAAUUUUUUACUAAAAUACUCUGUACCAUAGACUAUAAGUGAUUUUACGUAAAUAACUUGGAAUCUAUAAUGUACAGUUCUACAGGUUUUAAAAUAAUAUUCUCUCUCUUCUAUUUAUGUACCUACUACAUAAUUAUCACAUUUAUGUUAAUAAUUAUUUUAUUGCGUACAGAACAUUAUAAACAAGUAUUUAGUUCUUAAAGAUCAUUAUUUAUAUCAAACCAGUAAAAAGUCGUAUUAUUAAAUUUUAAAAUUAUUUUGUAAAGUACAUUGAUCGACGACCAAUACUCUUUGCAAAAUAAACGAUUUGAUUUGACGAUAUCGCUACUUUGUAGAUUGGCCGACUAAUUCGUUAAAUACCCACAUAAAGAGACUGCAUUUAAUGUAGUUAGAAAGGUAAAAUAUAUUAUUCUGUUUGAUCAUUGUUAUGACUAGAAGACUUUUGAAGCAGAGAAAAUUUGAUAUACUACAAAAAUGUGCCACGAUCUUUCUUACAACCUAGAAUGUACUGAAUUUUGAGACAAAAAAUAAAAUUACGAAUUUAUUCGAUAAUCAAAAUAAUUCAAGAACGGCCAUUCAAUAAUUCAAGGUAGAAAUUAUCAACUCAAUUAUUUAGAUGUUAAGGAUUCUUUUAUAUAUUGUCUUCACAUUUAUAUUAUUUAAUGAUCUCUGAAUCUGAUCGAUUCGAUUUAUAGUAAUCAUGUAGUUUCACAUAAAAAUAUUUAUUGUUGUAAUAUUUCACGUUUAUCAAACAAUAGCACUAAAUAAUAAUUUAUAUUCCAAUUGUUAUAAGUAAUUCUGAAAAAGAAAAUAUUUUUUUUUUAUUAAAAAAGACAGCUAUUAAUUUAAAUAAGUUUUAAUUAUACAUUUUGCAUAAGGUAUAUUCCAAAGUUAAAAAUAAAUUACCCGGUUGAUUUUUGAGGCACAAAAAAAAAGCAGAGUAUGUUAAAAAAACAUAUUACUUUAAAAAAAUGAAGGGUGAGGUGCACCUUUUAACUAACCAUUUUUUUAAUAACCAGCCAUACACUUGCCGCCCAUUGGCCAAAUUGGCGAUUUGACCGCUGAAAAUGGUUCGGUUAUCGUUAUAGUAAAAUGGUGCAACCCACCGUAAAAGGCCCCUAUUUUUGUUACUAUAAAUUUAUCGUAUUCUGUUCCUUAUAGAACCAAAGAUGGUGUGAAUAUUGCAAAUGUACAUAACCCAAUUUUAUUUACUGAAACAUACCUACGCAGAAUUUUAAUAAAUAUUAUACAGAAACAUUUUAAAUACAUUGUGUAAGAAGUACAAUGCACUUUUUCGGUUAAUUGUGCAACCUAAUUAUUUUUAUAUAAUUAAUAAGCCGCAUUUAGUUUUAUAAGAGUAACUCAUAAUAUCACUUUUAACGAGCUCUUAUGUCAAACUUAUGUUUAAAGUAUUUAAGUAUCUUUAUUACAAGAAAGCAUAAUAAGUUACCUAAUUUAAUAUUAAUAUAAGUUUACCAAAGAAUGUAUUAUUUUUGAGUAUUUUUCAAAAGUUAUUCUAUGUGGUAAUUACGUCUAAAAACGUUGUAAUUAUCACAAUAUCAAGGCAUCGUCAAAUGUAUUCAGAGUUAAAUAUUUUACGUAUUAUUUAAAUAUAUUGCCAGAAUAAAAACAUUCGAAUGUAAAA